AUGGAUCCAACACCGGGAAGGUUCGAGAUGGAUAAAUUUGAUGGAAAGGGAGAUUUUGGGAUGUGGAAGUACAAGCUACUAGGACAGCUUGAGAUUCAGGGACUGUCAGAGGUUCUACAGGAUGGAGCUACGCUGUACAGGAAAUCAGAGAAACAGGAGGAAGGAUCUGAGCCAGUUCUAGAUCCGAUCAAAGUUGCAAGAAACGUGAGGGUAAAGAAUCUACUUGGGUCAUGCUUAAGUGAUGUAAUCUUGCGAAAGAUCAUGCAUGAAGAAACGGCGCUGGGUAUGUGGAAAGCAUUGGAAAAUGACUACCAGACUAAGUCGCUACCGAAUAGAAUCUACCUCAAACAGAUGUUCGCUAGCUACAAGACUAUUGAGGAAAAUUUGGAUUCAUUCCUAAAACUCAUAGCGGAUCUAGCUAGUCUAAACAUCAAGAUCUCCGACGAAGAUCAAGCAAUUCAGGUCUUAUCGGGCUUACCUCCACCAUACGAGCCUCUGGUUCACACGCUCAAGUACGGCAUGGGCAAAGACACCAUCACUCUAAAGGAAGUUACGACCUCGGCCUAUGCAAAGGAGGUGGAGUUGAGGCAGAAAGGUCUUCUCGGAAAGUCCAAAGCUGCAUCAGAAGGUCUGUAUGUUGAAAACAGAGGAAGAUCAGAAAAGAGAAAUGACUACAAAGGUGGGAACAACAGGAGAAGCAAGAGCAAAGGAAACGACAAGCAUAGGUCGAAAUCUAAGUCUAAGUUUAGACCUAAGGCUUGCUGGAUUUGCGGAGAUGAAAACCACUGGAAAAAGGAUUGCCCCAAGAAGAAGGGAAACAAUCAGAACAAGCCACCAAGCACUGCAAACAUAGCUACCGUCCUACCUAUCACCACGGCUUUAACUGUUAGCUUGUAUGAUCCAAAGGAGAAAUGGGUUUUGGACUCAGGGUGUACGUUUCACAUAACCCCGAGAAAAGACCUACUUUCAGACUUCGAGGAUUUGGACGAAGGAAAUGUUCUAAUGGGAAAUAACACAGUGUGUGAAGUGAAGGGUAGAGGGACUAUAACUAUAGACAAUCCUGAUGGUUCUGUGGUUAUACUAAGUAAUGUGAGAUACAUUCCAGAAAUGGGAAGAAAUCUUAUCUCAUAUGGUCAGCUGGAGCAGUCAGGUUGCAAGUACAGUGGUGGAGACUUCAAGGUUGAGUUCUACAAAGGGGAUAAGAAAGUGUUAGUCGGAAAGUAUGAGCAAGGUUUGUACUAUCUACAAGGUCAGAUCAGAGUACCUGAGGUUAAUGCGGCAAAGGCAGUUGUAGAUAUGACAAAGAGAUGGCAUUCCAGAUUAGCUCACAUGAGUCUGUCAUCAAUGGAGAUUCUGGUCAGGAAAGGUCUUCUCAAGUCAGAAGAGGUGAAGCAGCUUGAGUUUUGCGAAGCCUGCACAAUGGGAAAGUCUCAUAAGCAAAGUUUCAAGAAGGCAAAACACACUACAAAUGAGAUCCUUGGUUAUGUCCAUUCAGAUCUUUGGGGAUCACCUAAUGUUACUCCAAGUCUAUCAGGUGCAAGAUACUUCCUAACUAUGAUAGAUAACUAUUCGAGGAAAGUAUGGAUCUACUUUCAGAAGACCAAAGAUGAGGCUUACCAGAAUUUUGCGGAUUGGAAGGUGUUGGUUGAGAAUCAAACGGGGAAGAAGCUGAAAUGUUUGAGAACAGAUAACGGGUUAGAGUUCUGCAACCAACAAUACGACAAGUUAUGCAGAGAAUCAGGAGUAAAAAGACACAAAACUUGCCUGUACACGCCUCAGCAAAAUGGAGUCUCAGAACGGAUGAAUAGGACGAUAAUGGAUAAGGUCAAAAGUAUGUUACAAGAAACGGGAUUGGAAGGUGAAUUCUGGGCAGAAGCGGCUUCAACGGCAGUUUACAUAAUCAACAGGUCACCGUCUUCUGCGAUUGAGUUUGAGGUUCCUGAAUAUCUGUGGACAGGGAUCAAACCGGGCUACAGUCAUCUACGAAGGUUUGGGUGCGUAGCCUACGUUCACACAGUUUCAGAUAAGAUCAGUCCUAGAGAUACAAAAGGUAUACUUCUGGGAUAUGCGCAAGGUACAAAAGGUUACAUGAUUUGGCUACUGGAUGAUCUAAGGGUAACAGUCAGUAAAGAUGUUGUGUUCAAUGAGGAUCAGGUCUACAAGCAGAGGGACUCAGAGACUACACAGACAGUUCAGGCUACAGGUAAGCAAGGUAAAAGGAAGGUUGUUACCUUCAGUGAUGAUCUGGUUGAGUAUCAGUCAGAGGAAUCAGAACAGUCAGAGCAGUCAGGGCAGUCUACAUCAGUUCCGUCUUCAGUUCAAGGUGGAGCUGCUCAGAACACAGAAACAAAAUCAGAGUCAGAGUCGUCAAGUUCGUCAGAUGAUGAAACCGAAGAAAAAAAUGAGGUUACUCAGGAUUUGAGUGAAUACCUUCUUGCUAGGGAUCGAGAUAGAAGACAGACGAAGAAACCGUCGAAGUAUGGAGAAGCAGAUAUAGUCGCAUUUUCACUCAUAUGCGCUGAUUCCAUAAAUCUUGAUGAACCCAAGUCGUAUGCAGAGGCUCAACGAAGUAAAGACAAGAAGUUAUGGAACGCAGCUGAGGAUGAAGAGAUGGACUCGCUGAUUAAGAACCUCACAUGGAUCCUGACAAAUAAACCAACAGAUCAAAAGGUUAUUGGGUGCAGAUGGUUAUAUAGAUUGAAACCAGGAAUACCUAAGAGUGAAUUGCCAAGGCACAAAGCAAGGUUGGUAGCUAAAGGAUAUGCUCGAAGGAAUUGA